ACUAAUACAUGUUCCUGUACGGACACAUUUAUAGUAGGACAUGACUGGACGAGGAGAAGAUAAACAGAAAAAUUAAGGAGAACAGAAAGAUGUCGAAUAUGUCAACACUGUCAGAAACAGAGCGCGCAGGAUUUACAAAGAUACUAAAGUCUAUGUCAAAAGGCGACUUACUGGCACUUUGUGACACAGUCACGAAUAAGUUGAUAGUUGUGGAAAACGUUACAGAGGCUAUUGAAACAAUUCUCUUAUACACUCAAAAUGCUGAGGAGCUCCUGAAGAGGAAGAAGGUUUAUCGCGAACUCAUAUUUAAGUACCUGGCCCAAGAAGGUGUGGCGAUGCCCCCAAACAGUGAGAAACACCAGCUUGUGAAAAGGACACUGGAGCUUUGGUCGUCUGGGAAGACCGUGGUUGACAAAAGCCUUCCAGGAGAGAGACAUAUGGCUGAGGUGGGCUUUGACCCUGUGGUCCUCGGCCAGCAGUUCUGCCAGUGGUUUUUCCAACUCUUAAACAGUCACAACCCCUUGCUGGGCCAGCCCCCUCAGGACUGGGGACCACAACACUUCUGGCCAGAUGUGAAACUACGCCUCUUCUCUGUAGCCGGCCACGAACAGAUGGAUGAGUUCCUGGGUGCUGAACUGGUUAGCAGUCGUCUCCUGGCCUUGACUGGGGAUGAGCACCUCCUCCUCAGUCCCAACAUGCAGCCUAAUGGCCUCAGGACACUGACCUCCCCCCAUGGCCUGGUACUAGUGGCUGUAGCUGGGACAAUCCACAGGGGCGAAACCUGUCUGGGCAUCUUUGAGCAAAUAUUUGGCCUCAUCCGCUCUCCGCUGGAGAAAAAUAGCUGGAAGAUCAAGUUUGUCAACCUGAAGAUCAAAGCGCAGGAUGCUCUGGGUGGGACAGACAUGGUAGCGCCUGCCUUGAGUUACAACUCCACCGAAUUGCAGCUUCUCUGCAGUUGAUGACUCCUCAAACUUGCCCAAAUGUGUUUAGAACAUGGCAUGUGUACUGGCAGAAACCACUUUCCUAAAUUAUGUUUAGCAUGUCAGGAUGUAGAGGUAGGUGGACAUU